AUGAACAGUGUUCUUCAGUGUCUUCUUUAUGCGCGUCCAUUGACCAUGUACUUUACCCAAGGUCGCUAUCGCAAGGACCUCAACCGCACCAAUCCCAUGGGGUGCAAGGGCGAGCUAGCCGAAGAAUAUUCGGCGCUUGUGGUCGAGUUGAACAAGCGCUGUUAUCGCUAUUUGGCGCCCAAGUUUUUCAAGGCUACGCUGGCUUCCUUUGCGCCGCAGUUUGAGGGCACUCAACAGCAGGAUGCUCAGGAGUUUGCUUCCUUCUUCCUGGAUGGCUUGCAUGAGGACUUGAAUCGCGUUCGGAAGAAGGUUUGUGAUUGCAACUUGGAUGGCAUGCCCGAUCACCUGGCCGCAGACAAGGCCUGGAAUGAGUAUCUGACACGCCACAACUCUAUCAUUGUGGACCUUUUCCAAGGCCAAUAUCGAAGCGCGAUGCGCUGCUUGACUUGCGGCCACGAGUCGCUCAACUUUUCUCCAUUCAUGUUUCUCACGCUUCCUAUUCCAGCCAAUCCCAGUGUGGAUAUUCGGGCUUGUUUGCAAGAGUUUGUCCGUGCAGAGCGCGUCAAUGGCUGGCGCUGUCCCAAGUGUAAAUGCGCCCGGGAUGCGUCCAAAACACUGAGCAUUUGGCGCUUGCCUCCCUUGCUAAUGAUUCAUCUCAAGCGCUUCACGUUCUCGGGCCCUUUUCGCGACAAGCUGUCGACUCGGGUUGAUUUUCCUUUGACAAACCUGAAAAUUCAAGACGGCGUGGCUAAUCCGAAACUUCAGGAGCAGAAGCGCGAUUACAAGCUCUUUGGCGUGUCAAAUCACUACGGCAACAUGAGUGGAGGACACUAUAUUGCCUUUUGCCGAGACUUCCAGUCCCGUCGGUGGUAUAAGUUUGAUGACUCGGCCGUGAGCCCAAUGCCCGAGAGCCAGGUCUGCUCCAAUGCUGCCUACUUGCUUUUUUACAGCUGUUUGGACUUUGAUCAUCUGGGCAACAGCUUUUAGUGUGUGCUGGUUAUGGAAAAAGACGAAUGUUGAUUUCUUUCUUGUUCAGUUUGGGC